GAUUCUGAACCGCAAACUCUUCGGAGUACCAAGUAAGUACUUGGCUUCCACUUAGGUCGUUAGAAAGCUAUUCAGGUGGCCCGCGGCGUUCAUUGUCUUAAAUCCGGGACAUUUGUGACGGCCACGUCAUUUCACAACACACCGCCUGCAUUCUACUUCUAACAUCUACGGGUUCUGUGACGACAAUCAUGGAUCUCUCUUCUCAACUUAUGGCGGCUUUGGAUCAAGUUCUUGCAAUUCUGGAAGAAAUCCAAGACCCAAAGAACCUAUGCAGUAGACGGACCAAUCCUUUUGAUGCUGCAAAGGUUGGUUUCUCAAUGUUUAUCUCCUCUUUCAGAGAUGACUCACUUACACGUAUGGCCAUAUUUAAAAAGCUUUCUAUUUUAGAUCGCAAGAUAUCCUCCGUCGUGGUAUCAACCUCGAAUCUGCCUAACAUCCUACUCCCUGUCUACCGCCUUCCGCCAGAAAUCCUAGCACAUAUAUUUUACCUACUCACCCCCCACCAUCAAUAUAUGGAUUCCAUACCUAAAUCCCGCGACGUUUACACGUGGACAAGAGUGACGGCUGUCAGCCGUUUCUGGCGGAGUACUGCGCUGUUGUUUCCGCACUUAUGGACCAAUAUCCGAUUAGGAACAAGUAUAAAGGAAGCGGCGCGGUGUUUCCUCCAUCGAUCAAGGCGCACGCCUCUUCAUUUCUUCAUAUCGUCCUGGCCUGAGAAUUGGCAGUAUAAUGUCAUCGACAUCCUUCGAUCGUAUUCCCAUCGUGUCGAAACCUUGCACGUCUAUGACUUAUCGGACAUUCCUCGAGAAGUUAUUGCAUCUAUGAAAUAUCUCAAGACACUGAGCUGCCACCAGGAAAGCUUGUCACUCCUGAAGUCCGAUGGGGAGUUGGAUUACAAUGUGCCAAAGCUUACAUGCUUGCGUAUGCAAGAAAUAGUUCUCGCUCCCUCGAUACUCAGACGCUGCAGGAAUCUGACACAUCUUUCGCUUGCUGAAUGGUCUGGAUCCGGCCAGAAACAAAGCCAAAUGCCGCAUCUGGUGGACACACUCCAGAGGUGUCCACUCUUGGAAGAGUUGAACCUUCAGGGGUUCAAGCUUCGGAACGACUGCACUUACGCUGCGGAGCUCCGAGGAAGGGCUCCAAUAAUAAAUCUUGGACAGCUUCAAAGGCUGUCUUUGCUGAAAUGCAACCGAGACGCCAUUCGUUUUCUCUUCGCUACCACUAUCCUGCCGCAAAAUGUUGCUGUCCUAAUCCAGGAUCCGGGGAGGGACAAGGACAGGCCGGACGGCGACUCGAUGGAAGGCAUGUUCCCAGAUACGACUCAAUUUGUCGCUCUACAGCUUGCCGCUCGGAACAUCCGGUUGCUCAGCAGCACAGGCUCUGCAUUUGCUCUUCACUUCAGUCAAGUGGGAACUCAUAAGCGAGUAUUAUGGGACACCCUAUCUAAAUUAGGUCGUUUGGAGUCCAUGCGAAGUCUCGAGGAGCUCUACAUCGAUGGCAUAAUGGAUAUAGACAAGACUGCUGAUAUGCAAAAAUUGUCCUGGAUCCCAUCGCAUGCCAAACUCCGAGUUCUAUCCAUAUCUGAUACGCCUACACCACACAGUGGUGACUUCAGACUCAAAUGGCUGACAGUCUUCUUGAACAAGAUUAAGGCCCCUGACGAUAAUGGUGCCAUCCGCUUGAGCUUCCCUGCACUUCAUGAGCUACGUGUUUUCUUGUGUUCUGACGAUAUCACCCAAGAGGGUCUGCGAGGGCUCGUGGCGGUCAAUUCUGGACGACGCGAUCAUGUAAAGUUGAAACUUAUUAUUAGCUACCGGCACCUCGACCCGAAUCGCGUCAACACUGAGGCCUCUGUGGUGAAGUUAAAGGAAACACUGGAGACAAUGGGAGGAUAUAGGGAGUAUGUUGACAUUUGUGGAAUGAAUGACAAAGAGGAGUGGCGGCGAAGUCAAAGCCUUAUGCUACCGGAGGUCUGUUGCAGGACGCUACAUCAGCAUUGGCCGUCGUGGGUGUAGAUGUUCACUAAUCCUAAUCAUUACUGACUGACUAUGGCAUAACGUCGUGUGUAUCUUACUUACCCUGAUCAAUACUAUACAGUACUCAGAAUCUUCUGACAACCUUCGACUUCGAAUAUGAUCGCGU